AUGAACCUCAAUUGCGUCCAGUCGUAUAAAAUAGUUGUAGUGACCGAUUACGACGACUUCAACAGUAGCAGUACAGAUUUAGAUCAAUUAUGGAAGAAAUUUAAGGAAAAGUUCAAUAAAACCUACACUGGUUACCACGACAUAAUGAAGAGAGUGGCGUGGGAAGAAAACUUGGAAAAAAUUAGAAAACACAACGAAGAAGCGGAGCAGGGAUUACACACUUACUAUAUCAAAGAGAACCAUUUAACCGAUAUGUCGCCUCAAAUCUACCUUCAAAGAAUGGUGAAACUGACGACAAGCAGGCAUAGAAAAGUCGAUUCUGAGACUGUGGGGGAUUUUUUCGAAAGAUUACAUCACUUACCAGAAGAAGUAAAUUGGAUGGAAAUUGGAUUUCAAACUCCCACUUCCAAUCAGAAGGACUGCGGAUCGUGCUACGCUUUCAGCGUCGUAGGGGCUAUUCAAGGUCAACUCUUCAAACAAACUGACAAGUUGGUUCCUUUAAGCGAACAGCAAAUAAUAGACUGUAGUGUACCCUACGGAAACUAUGGAUGUGGAGGAGGUUCUCUUCGCAACACUUUGAGAUAUUUAGAAAAAGCUGGAGGACUUAUGGCAUAUAUAGACUAUCCAUAUGUGUCAAAACAACAGCGAUGCUAUUUUGAUAAACAUAGAGCAUUAGUCAACAUAACCUCCUGGGCAGUUCUUCCUGCAAGAGACGAGAGAGCUUUGGAAAUAGCGAUUGCUAAAAUCGGACCAGUUGCUGCGUCUAUAAAUGCUAGUCCACACACGUUCCAGCUUUACCACUCAGGAAUCUACGACGAUCCGGCUUGUACAUCAAACCAUGUCAAUCACGCCAUGUUGGUUAUUGGUUAUACGAAUGAUACAUGGAUUCUAAAAAAUUGGUGGGGAAACCAUUGGGGAGAAAAUGGAUACAUGAAACUGAAAAGACAUAAAAACAGAUGCGGUAUCGCUAACUAUGCGGCAUAUGCCUUGAUUUAG